AUGCCCGACAUACGCUCUUUCUUUGGUCCCAAGGGCGGUGCGGCGCCUGCGAAGAAGCCGGCGCCCAAGAAGGAAGCAGAGGAGCCGCCCAAGAAACGUGGCAGACCCCGAAAGGUCAUUGACGACAGCGACGACGAGGAUGAGCCGGUUGUCGAGACGGAGAAACCAGCUACACGAUCAACACCCAGAAAAAAGGCCGCGGACCAGAAAGUCGAAGGAACUGCUACCACAGCCAGCGAGUACUUUGCCUCUGGCAAGUCCAAGGGCCCGCAAUCCACCAAGUCCGAACAGAAGGCGCAACCCAAGCCCGCAGUCGAGGUACGAGAAAGCCCUAGAAACAAGCCGAGCACCACGAAAGAGCCUCCUGCCGCCACCAAGAGUGCCCAGCCAGCACCGAAGAAACGCUCAACGACCGCGUUCAAACACCACAACUUGGACGACGACGAAGACGCCUAUAUGGAGGAUGACGCAGACGCCGGUGACGAUGUCUUCGCCGCUGAUGCUCGGGGUACCAACAAGAGAAAGAAUGACGAUUAUGCUGAGGAAGAGAGCGAAGAAGAGUUCCUUCCCAAGCCAAAACGAAUUGCUUCUCGAAACAAACCUGUCGCUGAAGACGACGAUGACACACCUAUCACCAAGACUGCAAAGAACGGAAGAGCCUCUACCACCGCUAGAAAGCGAAAGACUCCUGAGCCUGACCCUGACGAUGAGGAGGAGGAGGAGGACGACGACGACGUGGAACCGCCAUCGCGCAAGAAGCCCGCCCCAAAGAAGCCCAGGGCAGCGCCCAAAUCCAAGAAGGCUGACCAAGUAGAGGACGCCGGAAUUCAAGCCAUUUUCGAUGACAUCCCUACCAUCCGAGCUCCAUCGCCACCGGCCAAGGAUCCAAACGCCAAGUUCGAUUGGCGAAAGGCUGCAGCUGGUGGUGGAAACUCCGGCCCUCCUCCCAACCCUGUUGCACAAGACCUUCCUACAGGCGAACCCGACUGUCUUGCCGGCUUGACCUUCGUAUUUACCGGUCAGUUGUCUACCAUCGCACGCGAGGAGGCCCAGGAACUGUGUAAGCGUCACGGCGGCAAAAUCACGGGCGCUCCAAGCAGCAAGACUAGCUACGUCGUACUUGGAGAUGAUGCUGGUCCAAGCAAGCUUACGAAAAUCCGUCAGUUUGGCAUCAAGACCAUCAACGAGGAGGGCUUGUUCGAACUCAUCCGUCGUCUCCCCGCUGGCGGUGGUAGUGGCAAGGGCGCCGAGAAGGUGCGGCAGAAGCGGAAAGACGAAGAAGAAAAGAUCAAGCUGCAAGCUGUCGAGAUGGAACGAGAAGAGAAGGCCAAACGCGUAGAGGCAGAAAAGGCUCAAAAGGCUGCUGUUGCUCGAGGAGCCACUCGCCCUGCCCAAGCUGCUACGCCCGCAAGUGCUCAGCUGUGGACAGUCAAGUAUGCGCCAACACAGCCCAGCCACAUCUGCGGUAAUAAGGCCGCGGUGGAGAAGAUCCAGAACUGGCUGAAGAACUGGGCCAAGCAUAGAAAAUACAACUUCCAGAAGCGAGGAGCAGAUGGUAUGGGUGGAGCACGUGCCAUCAUCCUGUCUGGUCCGCCUGGAAUCGGCAAGACGACAGCAGCUCACCUCGCAGCACGGUUGACAGGCUACGAUGUCUUGGAGAGCAAUGCCAGUGACUCACGUAGCAAGAAGCUUGUGGAAGCGGGUGUCAGCGAGGUCAUGAACAACACCUCGCUCCAUGGCUUCUUCGCUGGCGAUGGAAAGAAGGUCGACAAGGAGAAGAAGAACAUUGUCCUUGUCAUGGAUGAAGUUGACGGAAUGUCAGCUGGUGAUCGCGGAGGUGUUGGCGCUCUUGCAAAGUACUGCAAGAAGACCGAAGUACCCCUCAUUCUAAUUUGCAACGAGCGAAGGCUGCCAAAGAUGAAGCCUUUCGACUUUGUAACAUUCGACAUCAAGUUCCAACGCCCCCAGGUUGAUCAGAUCCGCUCGCGUAUGAUGACUAUCUGCCAUCGAGAGGGCCUCAAGCUGUCGCCCCAGGUGCUUGACGCCCUCAUUGAGGGUAGCAACCGGGACAUACGACAAAUCAUCAACAUGAUGGCCACGGUCAAGUUGGAUCAAACUUCCAUGGAUUUCGAUCAAAGCAAGGAUAUGUCCAAGGCCUGGGAGAAGUCUAUCGUCCUGAAGCCGUGGGACAUUUGCCAGAAGAUGCUUGGCGGUGGUCUCUUCUCUCCAGCAAGCACAUCGACGCUCAAUGACAAGAUUGAGCUCUACUUCAAUGACCAUGACUUCAGUCCUUUGAUGAUUCAGGAGAAUUACCUGCGGACUAGGCCAUCGGCACUGGGUCAAUACAGCGGCAAUAAACGCGAGCAGAACUUGAAGACGUUGGAACUCAUGGACAUGGCUGCAGAAAGCAUCAGUGAUGGCGAUUUGGUGGAUCGAAUGAUCCAUGGCCCACAGCAGCACUGGAGCAUGAUGCCGACCCACGCAAUCUUCAGUACAGUCCGACCAGCCAGCUUUGUUGCUGGCCAGCUGAUCGGAUCCAACUUUACCAGCUGGCUUGGCAACAACAGCAAGUACGGCAAGCUGGGCAGAUACACCCGUGAGAUUCACUCGCACAUGCGACUGAGAUCUUCGGGCGAUCAUAAUGAAAUCCGUCAGCAAUACCUGCCGGUCCUCUGGACACGGCUGGUCAAGAAGCUCGCUGAAGAGGGCAAGGACUCGGUUGAGGAAGUCAUCGAGCUGAUGGACAGCUACUACCUCACGAGAGACGACUUCGACUGCAUCAAGGAGCUUGGCGUUGGUCCUCAAGACGAGGAACACGUCGACAUCGAGUCCCAGACCAAAGCAACAUUCACGAGACUAUAUAACCAAAAGUCUCACCCGAUUCCGUUCAUGAAGGCCAUAAGCGUCGCUGCUCCGAAGGCGGCGGCAAAGGACAAGCCGGAUCUAGAGGAAGCUAUGGAUGACGAUGAUGAGGCCGAAGCUGUCGAGCCCGCUGAGGCUGUGGAUGAAGAAGACCAAGACAUCGAGAAGGAUAAGUACAUCAAGAAGCCAAAGGCAAAGAAGGGUGGCAAGAAGGCUGCUGCCAAAGGGGCUGAUGAUGGAGAUGACGAUGCUAAACCUAAGAAGGGACGCAAAGCUGGUGCAGGUGCAGCGAAAGCAAAGGCCAAGAAAUGA